GUAAACAAGAUGGCGGCGGGGGGUGCAGCUCACGCUGACGUGGAGCUCGUGUCCUCUCUGGCAGAAAAAAUCUCCCUGUUGGAACAAAAAGUAGAGAAACAGGCACAAGAAAUCCAGCUGAAGGACAGGAGGAUCGCUGAGCUCGAGGAGAAGAUAAGGAAUCUUCAGGAAGAGGAAGAGGAAGGUGCUCCCGACCCGGCCAGCGCGGAGGAACUGGAGCUGAGGUGCCUUGAGCUGCAGAGCCAGGUCUGGGAGAUGGAGCGGUUCCUGAGCGAUUACGGCCUGGUGUGGGUCGGAGAGGAGCCGGGAGCGGCCCGGGACGGAGCGGAGCUGCCCGCAGGGAGCCUCUGCAGGCCGGGUGAGGCCACUCUUUGCCAGCAGCAGCAGGUUGAUUUUGAUUUGAUCCUGGAGCACAUCAGGGACCUGAACUCGCUGGUGGGCGAGGGCAGCGCGCAGGUGGAGCAGACGGCGCGGGGGGCUCGGCUGCGGCGGGCAGAGCCCCUGCCCCUGACCCUGUACCGGGAUGGCAUCACCGUGGGGCAGCACGGAGCCUUCCGGCCCUACCAGCACCCCAGCACGCAGCAAUGCCUGCAGGACAUCCUGGACGGUUAUUUCCCCUCGGAGCUGCAGCCACGCUACCCCGACGGGGUCCCCUUGCAGGUCACUGACAGGAGGGAUGUGGUGUUCCAGAAGCCAGACCUCGCAGGGAGCUUUCCUGGCCUUGGCCACGUGGUGGGGACUGCAGAAUCCAACAGAACGCAGGAAACAUCCAAGAUCCCAGGUCCCAAAUGCUCCCGGGAGCAGGAUCCCAACGAGGUUUCCCAGCCCCUGAAGCACAGAGGGAGCGUGGGCAGCGCCCAAGGAGCAGCUCCACAGGGCUCUGAUGGGCGGCAGAGCAGCGAGGAAAUCCUGCUGGAAACACCUGGGCUGGCUGCCCUGGACAGGGACAGGGUGAGGGCAGCAGAGCAGGCUGGAGCCCCCGAGCUCUGCAGGCUGCGCGUCAGGUCCGAGAGCGGGGAGCAGACGUACGAGCUGAGGAUGCUGCUCACGGACACCAUUGGGGACCUGCGCCAGCUGCUCGCCCACCUCAGGGGUGGGAACUCGGACUAUGAGAUCCUGAGCACCUUUCCCCAGCGGGUGUACACGGACAGCUCCAGGAGCCUGCAGGAGUGCGGGCUGGUGCCCCGGGCCUCGCUGCUGCUCCGCAGGAGAGCCCCCUCCCCGGGGCAGGGCAGGGGGCUGCAGCCAGCCUAGGAGCUGCUCUGCGCCAGAGGCAGCUGCUCUCACCUUACCCGGCUGGCAAGAGGGAGAGGUUUCCUUUCCAGAUUCAGUUUCACCGUGCUGGACAGGGAGCAGAGCUGGGUGGGAGCAGCCGUUUGGCCGCUCCCUGUGGCAGAGGGGCCAGGCCAGCCCUGCUGCCCCACGGUGGCUGCUGUUCCCCAGCGCAGGGACACCUCCAGCAGCUCACCUGCGCCUGGCUCCUCCUCUCUGUGCAGGUUACACGGGCUGAGCCCUGCCCUGGAGCCUGCCAGCCUCCCCCCAGCCCUGGGCAGCGCUCAGGGAUGGGAACAGCAGCAUGGCCACGCAGCCAGGGCAGUUUGCAUUCUGCACUCGGCUCCCUGCAGAUCUCACCUGCACGGACAGCAGGGGACACUCAGGCUCAGAGCCACGGCCUGUGCUGGAGCUAAACCUGAAGGCCUUGAGUUGCUGCCUGGCUGGGGCCGAGCCAGGCUCAGCUGGGAGAUCCUGCUGCUGCUGCUGGGCUUCCUGUACGUGCACAGCUCCUUCCCUUGGACAGCCCCCAGCUGCAGGGCCCGGCUCCAGCCUGCCUGCAGGCACCCGCCCUCCUCCUCCUCCUCCUCCUGCAACAGGACACCGUGUCACCGGGAGCAGCAGAACCCCUCUCUGCCCAGCCCUGAACAAAGCAUCUUCCUCCCUGGCCGUGGGCUGGGGCUGCGCUUUUCCCUUUCCCUUUCCCCAGCACAUUCUUCCCAUUCCAGCUGUGACAAGCUCUCACUUGACUCGCAGCUGACAGCACUCCCACUCAUGUGGGGCAGGGCUGCUGGCAGGUUCCUCUUCACACAGACCCAGCCCUCAGCAAAGGCUCCCAAUAAAACCCUUUAUUCCAGCAAUUUCCACUUCCUUCGGAUUUCUGAGGCAUGGUUGGAAGCCCAGAGCUCUUCCCAGAGCCCUCUGAGCAGAGCUACACAAGUCAAACACAGGAAGCAAACCAGCAGCUUCCCCAGCUCCCUGUGAGCACUGACUCAACGCACCGAGCUCUCCCUUCCCACCUGGAGCAGACUCAGGAGCAGCUGUUUCCCCUGCCCCUCUGUGUCCCAAUCUUUGUGCCAAUGUUUGUUUUUCCCUGCCACGUCUGGCUGAGGCUGUCCCUGCCCCGGGCAGAGGGGAGGAAUGCUCUGGUACCUGUCCCUGCUGCGCCGUAGGACAUUCCCACACGUCCUGGGAGCCUCUGAUUAGCAGCAGCAAGCUAAGGUGUUAAGGUCUUUGUGUCAGGCUGCAGCAGCAGGCACAACCCACUCAGCUGGAAAUGACUCACAAUCCUUAGGUAGGGCGGUGUUUAACCUGUAGC